AUGCAAACUGUCAUAUUCAUCCACCACGUCUUUCCCUCACUUCCCAUCGUACCCUGUGCCCUUUUCCGCUCGUCAUAUUCAAACAGCACUCGACUUCCCCAAGAAUCGACUCGACUAUUCUCCCACUUUUCAAGAAAACUACCUUACCAAACCAGAUCCUGGCCCGCAGGCGCUUUGACGGUUAGGACCAACGUGAGCAACGCCGUCAGGUCACCUCCGAUAAACCGACCGCCAUCUCGUCCCAUCUCGUCCUAUCCCUUCCAGUCCCUUGCCAUUUCCCCACCCCGCGUUGGUCUUUUGCUUUCCGUAAGGCAACACCAGCUGGCAAGCACGAAGCAUCGAGCACUUUCUCGGUAA